UAAAGUCCGGACUUUGAGUCGCCGGCCUUGUUCUCCCCGAGUUCUGCUCGCUGAAAAUGGGUGUCGUCGUACCGCUGCUCCUGGCCCUGCUGCGAGAUGUCUCUCUUCCGCCGGGCCCGUCUCGUCUCCCUAUCAUAGGCAGCGUGCACCGUCUUCCGUUCGGAUACCAACAGCACACUUUCCUUGAUUGGAAGAAGAUCUAUGGCGAUGUGGUAUAUCUGCAGAUCUUCAGUAAGCCUGCGGUAGUCCUCAACUCAGCCAAAGCCAUGCAAGAGCUGCUCGACAAACGCGGCUCCAAGUAUUCCGACAGACCACGGAGCGUCCUCAUAUCUGAACUGAUUGGCAUGACGAAUAACAUUACCAUUCUGCCUUAUGGAGACCAAUGGCGUCGCCAGCGCCGUUGGUUCCAGACCACCUUCCAAGCUGCCUCUGCGCUCGAGUCCUACAUCCCACUUCAGCGCCGUGAAUCUGUCAGACUACUUGCAGGGUUACUUGACGCAUGGCAGAGCAACAAGGACAAGGCAAAUCGCGAAACAGGCAAGGACGUCCUUGCAGGAGUCAGGAGGUAUGUUGGUGCGAUGAUGAUGGAGAUUGCCUACGGCCACAGUGUCGCGUCGCUCGACGACGAGUUUGUCGUCUUAUCCGAACGUGCGCUCGGAGGGACACUGCAAGCCGCUACCUCCGUCGCGUCCCUCGUGGACUUCUUCCCAUUCCUGACGUACCUGCCAGCGUGGAUGCCCGGUGCAGGUUUCCUGGCGAAGGUAGCCGAGGUCCGCGAGCUCGUACGCGUGAUGAUCGACGUGCCGUACGAGCGUGUGCAAGCCUCCAUUGCCAAAGGAACCGCGCGGCCGUGUUUCCUCACGUCGCUCCUUGAUGAGUAUGCCAAGGAUGGGCAGAUGUCUGAGUACGACAGAGCUGAUGUGAAGGGCGCUGCGAACAUUACCGCAACCGUCCUCGCGUCCUUCCUCCUCGCCAUCGUCCUGCACCCCGAGGCGCUCAAGAGAGCACAGGCUGAGAUCGACAGCGUCAUCGGCACGGAGCGGCUUCCCGAGUUCGAGGACCGCCAGGCGCUGCCAUAUCUCGAUGCGUUGCUGAAGGAGGUCUAUCGAUGGAAUCCGCCAGUUCCGCUCGUAAUCCCGCGUCAGGUCACGGAGGACGACACAUACCGUUCGUACACAAUCCCAGCAGGCUCGGUGAUCAUGCCGAACAUCUGGGCAAUCACCCGCGACCCCGAAUGUUACUCACAGUCUGCCGAUUUCAGGCCCGACCGCUUCCUCUCCGCCACUCCCGAGCAAGACCCUCGCGAGUUCGCGUUCGGCUUCGGUCGACGAUCGUGUCCGGGCCAGGCGUUCGGCGACUCCACCGUCUGGCUCGCUGCGGCGCGCAUCGUCGCCGCGUUCGACGUCACCAAGGCGCGUGACCCCACGACGGGUGAGGAGAUGGACGUGGAACCGAAGUUUGCGUCCGGUAUGAUCAGCCAUGUGCUGCCGUUCCCGUUCGAGGUGCGCCCGAGACUGGAGAGGGUCGUGAAGCUUAUCAGGGAGUUGGAGGCUGAGGCUUGAACUUGAAGCUUGAAGUUUAUUAGAGCAUGCGGAGGCCUGGAGGUAGUGUAUUUUGUCUUCGUUCGUGAUGCUUAUACUAGACUGGUAUCAAUGGCUGUUGAUCCCGUACACCUGUUCGAAGCUGGGUAAGGUUGAUUCGAGUAAGAACUCUUACAGGAACAGGCUUCAU